UGAGGUCGUAAACAGGUUGGAGCUUUUCAGCACCUGUAGCCAUAGUGGCUUAACUUUCAUUACGUUGGUGCCGCUUGGUGCCGCUCCAAAUGUCACAAAUUUCAAAUUACAUAACGCGGGCUUUAGCACCAAAACAAAAAAAUGAAGCCUUCUUCAUCCCCCUGUAACGCCUGUCUGGACCCCAAACUAUCCAUAAUUUCAGUGCUGUGCCGCAUUUGUUAUGACAACGACAAAGACGAAGCUUUGAUAGCCCCCUGUCAUUGCAAGGGUACUGUAGCAUUCGUCCACAGGAGUUGUCUCGAGCGAUGGUUAGCCGAAUCCAACACCACAAUGUGCGAACUGUGUCAUGUUGUCUUUCGAACCGAACGUUCCCCCAAAUACACUUCACAGCAGUCAAUUUGGCGGUGGUUGCGGAGCCACCGGAGCCCCGGGGGCAUCGGUAGGGGGGUCCGGAGCGAUAUUAUCGCAUGCACGGUUAUAACCCCCGUUGCUAUAAUCAUAACUUACGUCUGCUUGUUUUCUUCCGAUUAUUACAACCAGAAAAAAUUUAUUAUGGUCCCGGCUGCUCGUUGGACUUCUGUCUCUCUUCUCAUAAUGAUUGGGAUAAUGCUGAUUGGUUAUUACUUGUGGGUUUAUUCAGUUAUUCGGCUUCAUUCACGAAUGUGGUACAACUGGUGGCAAAGAGAAUGUGUCGUGAGGUACAUACCCCCCAGUACGGCCCAUAUUUGCUGCCACAGCCCCCUUGAGACAGCCAACCCAAACAAUACCCCUACUGAAGACAAUGAAGACGCUAGAAGUAGAAACGACAGUGAAGUUGAGCAAAAUAAUGAAGAGGUAGAACAAGGGGGCUCCGAACCAACUGUUGUCAUUGAAAUGCCUGAAGACGAAAAUAAAGAAACGACUGUUUGAGCAAUCUUA